AUGAUACAAUUAAAAGAUAAAGUUGCAUUAGUAACUGGUGGAUCAGCAGGUUUAGGAGCAGCAAUAUGUGAGCAAUUAGCAGCAGAAGGUGUCAACAUAGCAAUAAACUAUUCAAACAACGAACAAAGAGCUCAAGAUUUAUCAAACAAAUUAAAAGAUCAAUAUGGAGUAAAAUCAAUUGUAUUGAAAGCUGAUAUAUUUGAUAUUAAAAAUUUACAUAAAUUAGUUGAUGAAACAGUUGAACAAUUAGGCCAAAUUGAUAUAUUAAUUCUGAAUGCUGGAUGGACUGAGAUAAUCCCUUAUACUGAUUUGGAUGCAAUGACAGAAGAAGUAUGGGAUGGAACUUUUAAUGCAAAUGUAAAAGCUCAUUAUUUUUUAUUCAAAGCAGCAAAACCAUAUUUUGAUUCAAAUAAAGAUGGUGGAACUUUUAUAUCAUCAGCAAGUGUUGCAGGUAGAAUAACAUUUGGUUCAUCAAUUCCUUAUGCAGUAAGUAAAGCAGCUUUAAUUCAUUUGAUUAAAUUUUUAGCUAAAACUCAAUCAAAUAUAAGAAGUCAUGCUGUAUGUCCUGGUUUAUUAUUAACUGAAUGGGGGAAAAAAUUUAGUGAAGAAAAAAUUCAAAAAUCUAUUGAUGCUUCACCAUUAAAAAAAUCUACAGAUAUUGAUGAAUGCGCUUCUGAAUAUAUUCAUUUAUGUAAAUUAUCUAGUUCAACUGGUUCAAUUGUUGCAAUGGAUGCUGGUUUGUCAUUGUAA